GUUGUCAGUAACUACAACAUACGGGUACCUGUGUGUCCUCGAAUUCCUAUCGUGAAAAUUGGAGCCACCAUCUUUGUGGAUAUUGGUCAAUGGAUUGUUGGAUGUCAAACGAAGCAUUGCGAUUUCCGUCCCGGGAGGGCGUUUGUAGUUGAGACAUCUGUGCAGUGAAAAUGUACAGAUACUCAGGAACUGGAUUACAUAACCAAAUAUGGCGAUAACUUAGUGGAUUUUGGAAAAUACGCUAUUCUCCGAUGCUGGGGAGGCAAAUGUUGUCUUUGAGGCGUUGCAAUGAAGCCGUAAAUUUGUAAGGUGUUCUUUUGUAAAUCGUCGUCAUAGACGUCGAGGACUAUUCCACGAUGGAGCUGUAUAUUGAAACGCUAACGGGCACUUUCUUCGAGCUGAGAGUAUCGCCUUUCGAGACGAUCAUGUCAGUAAAGGCAAAAAUACAACGGCUCGAAGGUAUCCCAAUAGCGCAGCAGCACCUCAUCUGGCAGUCCAUGGAACUAGAAGAUGAGUACAGUCUCCAUGACUACAGUAUCAACGACGGGGCCACCCUAAAACUGGUGUUGGCCAUGAGGGGCGGACCCAUCAAUACUCGCAGGAUUCCUAUGGAGGAUCCAACACUCAGGGAAAUGGCAGAGUAUGUGGAAGCAAACCGGGACGAGAUCUGGGAGAAAGUCCCAGGGAAUCGUCAGGUGACCCUGCUCGUGUUCCGUGAGGGGGACCAGCUCAACUUCUUUCGUGUGGUAGACCGAGGUGACGGGACCCUUACUCCGCUGUCCGAGUCCUUGAGUGGUGCUUCAAUGUACAACUUCAAUGACGAGGAGGAAGAAGAUGACGUCCCUCCAAAGGAGAAACUUGAGGAGAAUGAACAACUCAAGGAAAAGAUGAAGCAGCUGCGUGGCAAGAUGGAAAAACUCACUCUUACAAAAAAGCCAAGAAAGAAACCCCAUCCUCCAACAUCUGGCCACUCGACUGGAAGGGCAGCCACGCGAUAUCGACAGCUUCCAAGUUCUGGAAGGAACCUCCCAGUUGGUCACCACCUCAACCGAAAGUCGUGCCUUCCCCCAGUGGGGCACACGCUGGCCUCACCCUUUUCUCCAGAGGAGCGCCUCAGUCUCGCCUCAAUAGGAGGCAAGGAUAGUUUUGCCUCCAUCAAGUCGUCUGAUAAUGAUAUAUCCACCAUAGACAUCAACAGCACCAACUCCAAGUCACCUCAUAGCAUGAGACAUUUAGACAGUGCAGAAGGUGGAACCAAGCUAAGCCGGACUUUAGAAAGUGUUAAAGAGGACAUUGGUACUAGUAGUGAACAUAACACCGCUAGGAAAACUAAAAUUGACUCGCUGGAGGCAGCUAAGUGCGAUGAGAAAGACCGAUCACUUUCUUCUCCUCCAAAGGAAAGUAGUCCAAAACUCUCAGAUCUAGCAGCCUCUAGUUCCAUAUCACAUGAAAGUCAAAAGAGUGAUUACUUAGGGGCGGAGACCAAGGACCUUCAGCGCCUCGGUCAUGUGGGAAAUGCACAAGAAUGUAGCUCUAGACCGAUCACAAGUAGCAAAAUGAAGGACCUUGCAAUGGAAAGUUUCAAAGAUAGUCUCAGGCCACCCACAUCCUCUAAGAACAAGCAGAAACUUAAAGGAGGUGAUCUCACCAUAGAAAGUCUGAAGGAAGUGUUAGGUAGACCAACAACAUCAUCAAGGGACUUAACUCUUGAGAGUUUACAAGAGACAUUCGGUCGACCAACUACAUCGUCACGGUACAAGGGAUUGGAGAGACGGAAAGAAAUAACGCUAGAAAGUUUAAGUACGAGUGAGGCACGUGCCAUGUCUGGACUUUUAAGACAAGCCUCACUAGAAAAAAUUGGCUCAUCACGAAUAGGAAAUAUUGGUAACUUUGUGCCCAGUGGUAGUAAGUCUCGUCUGUCUAAUUACACAUUUGGUAGUCCAGCCUUACCCGACGGAAGAAUCACCACCCCUGAGGGGCGGCUAGUGUCUGCUAGACUCCAGCGUGUGACCAAUAGUCGCGAUGGCCGUCUUCUGUCCCCAUCACACCGCCUUCCACCUGUCAAACCAAAGAAGAAGGUGACCAAACGUUGUUUUGUGUGUGGCAAAAAAACAGGACUUGCCACAAGCUACAUUUGUAGGUGUGGAAAUAACUUCUGUGCGACACAUCGUUAUGCAGAGUCUCAUGAAUGUACAUUCGACUACAAGACAGAGGGCCGCAAGCUACUAGAACAGAGUAAUCCGGUCGUCAGUGCGCCCAAGCUUCCAAAGAUAUAACUCAGGAUUCUACCAGCUUUUGUAUCGCAAUUGUCCGAACAUUUGGUUUUGUAAUUCUCUCCUUGUUGCACUUGUGUGUUGUCUCUCUCUCUCUCUCUCUCUCUCUCUCUCUCUCUCUCUCUCUCUCUCUCUCUCUCUCUCUCUCUCUCUCUUUCUCGAUCCCUCUCCUACUUAAUUACCGUCGUACUGACUGCUUUGUUUCUAAGGAACAUUUAAUUGUGAUAUUGUUAGAUGACCAAGGUACCCCAGCGCUGAUCAGUGCCGAUUACCUACUACUACAUACACUGGCGUGUACACGGAAACUGAAGGUACACAUCGGCUGGAAUAUUUUUUUUAAGUCUUUAUUUCAGAUUUUUGUCUCAGUGAUGAUGACAACAAACUCUUCGUCUAUGAUGAAAUCUUUUUACAUAAAGAUUUGGCUCAUUGUUAAGAGAGGAGAUUUCUGUGAGGGGAGGAAACCCCCAAGUCAUUUUCAAGUGGAAUUGAGGAGAUUGAGGAGAUUUUCUGUGUUCUUGUAGUGUUCUAGCUAACAGGUGAAGUGCCUGAUUAUUUUGGAAUGUUCUGAUGACGAUGAUUGUGAUAGCUUACAUUUUAUAUUUUUAUCAGUCUUUCAUGUUUUCCCACAGUAUAGGGAGUUGUUUAUUAAGUGUAUGCAUCAUUGUUUUACUCCUUUAAAAUGGAUGUUUCAUUUUUCCCUAUUUUACUACAUUUUAUUUAUAUUUUUUUUAGAAAUAUGAAAUAACCCUAGGUAUCUUAAUUUCUGCUCUAUGCAGAGCCAUAAUAAAUACAUAUACCUUCAAUGAAAACUCCCUUUGUCUCAAUUCUGUUAAAUGUUUUUCACAGUCCACACUGUUUAGUUCUAAAAUAUAAUGAUCAUAAUGAAAGGACUUUUGUCUAAAAGAUCAAAAGUUCUUUAAAGGUCAGGAUAACUUGGAGGAUUUUUCACAGUAUGUUAUGCCAAGCCAUGGAUUUUAAUUUUGUCGCUCUCAUGUCUAAAAUAAGAAAGUGCUUUUUAUUGACAACAGACUUUGUUAUCUUUAGCUUUAUGGGCUCACAGUAUUCAUGUUUUUUUACAUAUUUUCAAUUUUAUUGUAAAGGUCCAGGUCCAAAUUUGUUUCAGACUUUUUUAACUACUGAAAAACAAUACCCCCAGACAAAAAGAAAUGUAAAUUUCAUCAUACAAUAAACAGUAAAAUUGGUAGCUUGAAAAGUAAGUUCUUUUAGCUCACCUGGUCCAAGGGGCCCAGUGAGCUUAUGCCGUGGUUAGUCGUCCGUUCAUCCGUCGUCAAUAU